AUGUCUCCGGUUCCCCAAAGAUAUGAGUCCAGUAAUUCUGUAUUCACACCACAGAGACUUCCUUUUCAGAUUCCUGUGCAGUCACCUGUUCAAGAACCUUUGGGUGUUCAGUCCAAACAGCUGUUACAAGGUCCAGUUGCAAAACUGACAUGGACCUUUCCAACACCACCACAGGAACCAGAACAACCAGUUGUUCCCUUUGAGUUGCAUUACCCUGUCCCUGCCAACAGUGUAGCAGCUCAGUGUGGAGAGAAUUCAAUAUAUGUGGAAGUGAAGGAGGACUUCUUUGGGACAGGGCAGCUGCUAAUGCCCUCUGCUUUUACUCUGGGAGGAUGUACUGCAGUAGGGGAGGACAAUACUGCUCAAGUGCUUAUCUUUGAGUCUGAGCUGCAUGGAUGUGGCAGCAUACCAACAGUGACUGAAAAUGAGCUUGUCUAUACAUUCUCUCUAAUCUAUACUCCACGAGACUAUUUAGGUGGUGGACCUAUUGUCAGGAGUAGUGGUGCGGUGGUUGGUAUUGAGUGUCACUAUCCAAGAAUGCAAAAUGUGAGCAGCAAUCCUCUGAUGCCCACUUGGCUGCCAUUUGCUUCUACUGUGGUUGCGGAGGAACUUUUGGUCUUCUCUCUCAGGCUCAUGACUGAUGACUGGAGAUUUGAGAGGCCUUCUAACCAGUACUUCCUUGGUGAUAUCAUUAACAUUGAAGCCUCUGUGAGUUCAUACAACCAUGUACAUUUUCGUGUGUUUGUGGACCACUGCGUGGCUACUGCAGUUCCUGACAUCAAUGCUGUCCCCAGAUAUUCCUUUAUUGAGAAUAAUGGAUGCAUGGUUGAUGCCAAGAUCACUGGUUCUAGAUCUCACUUCAUGCCCCGAGUUCAAGCUGACAAGCUGCAGGUUCAAUUGGAGGCUUUCAGGUUCCAGCAAGAGAUCAGUGAAUAUGUCUACAUUACUUGUGUUCUGAAGGUGGCUGCAGCAUCCACCCCUACUAAUGAUGAGCGGAAAGCUUGUUCGUUUUCUGCUAAUGGGUGGGUGUCUUCAGAUGAAUCCGACCAGGUGUGCAGCUGCUGUGAUGCGAACUGUGGCAUCCGGACAGGAAGUGAUCAAGUGGUACUUAAAGAUAUACAGUGGAAGAGUACAUUUGUUGGGCCAGUCCGAGUCAAGGAUCAUGCUUUUGGCUGA